UAUAAUCCCGGAGUUGACCCAGAAAACAAACUCCUCUGACGACCGAGGCGCGCGUUUGGAGUCCGCCGCGGAGCUGCAUGUAGCGGGAGCAUCACCGGAGCAACGAGCCGCAACUUCUCCGUCCGGACCAGAGUCCAGCUGCCCUCCGAACAGAAAGACCAAACUACAAUGGCAGAACACAUGAUGAUGCCCAUGACCCACGGCUUCAGGAUGGGCCUGAAUGGAGCCCCACAACACAGCGGCCAGCCCGGCCUGCGAAGUCUGCCCAACGGGCAGGUGAUGCAUUAUGGGAGGAACCCUCAGAAUAACAUGGAGGCCGCCAUGAGACAUAGACAGGCUAUGGUAGGACCAGGAGGCAUGGGUGGUCCUGUGAAUGGAGCUGCUAUGACCAACCAUCACCAACAGAUGAUGUCCGGAAACAUGAUGUACAAUGGCCAAAGUCUACAGCAACAGCAGCACCACCACAUGCACACACAGCAACAGCAGCAGCAGGGCGGACACCCCCAGCAGUAUCUCCAUGGUAACCUCACAUCCCAGCAGCUCAUGGCCAGCAUGCAUCUGCAGAAACUCAACACUCAAUAUCACGGACACCCACUGAGCUCUGCCAAUGGCCACCACUUACCCAAUGGGGGCCAGUACAGGAUGGGACAGACCCAACUUCCAAACAUGCCUCACAUUGGUGGACCUUUGGGGCUAAACGGAAUGGACAUGGACCUGAUUGACGAAGAGGUUUUGACUUCUUUGGUGUUGGAAUUGGGCUUGGACCGUGUUCAGGAGCUUCCUGAACUCUUCCUGGGGCAAAACGAGUUUGACUUCAUAUCAGACUUUGUGUGCAAACAGCAGCCGAGCACUGUGAGCUGUUGAGCAGUUUGGCCAGAAGCUCAUAUUCGUGGACGGGACCUGCCCAAAGAUGGACCAGGUGGCAACAGCGUAACAGCAUAAGGAGACAAUCUCGGUUGCUUGUUUGAUACGUCUUCACGCUGACUCGUCUGCUGGUGUUGGAAGACUUGUAAAGAGCAAAAAUGCCGUUCAAGUGCCAGGUUUCUCUUGUUUGAGUUGGAGCCAGUAAGAUCUGUUGCCCUUGGUCAAACCGGGGCGUCCUGAUGUAGCGGGCUCAGCCUGUACCCAUGUGGCCCUCAGCUCACGUGCCUACAGUGCGAAAGCUUUUGGAUUGCUGUAAAACCAACAGGAGAAGGAGGUCUGAAGACUCUUCAUGUGGUUCUGUGGCAUCUGUAAAUGAAUUUCAUCUCUGUGAGCCCUUUCUUGCUGUAGCAAACCUCUAUCAGUCACUGACUUUACAAAGAAGGAAGCUUCAGGAGGGAAAACAAAUCACAUUUUUGAGUUUCUGAAGGCUGGCUCUUCACUAAGACCUCCUAUAACAUGUGACUGGAUAGCCGGUGUGCUGGGAGGUGUGGCAUUCUUGGGUUUUAAGAAGAAUCCUUGGAGUCAGAUAGCCAACAUCGGUUAUUUGCCUUUAAUCGACUCUGACUCGUCUCUGAUCAAAUCUUUUCUUAUAUCAAAAUUGAUGCUUCCUUACCAACUAUGCUCGAAUCAAUAAAAGAUGUUUCUUUUAUUUACAGGAAUAAACUCACUGCCACAUUUCAAACAGACACCAGAAUCCUUGGUUUAUGGAAGCACAAUUAAUGUGUGAGAAACAAAAGAGUUUUAUGAAUCAGGAUUAUUAAAUUGACUGCUUAUAUUUAUGUGCAUUCAUAUACUGAUUCCACUGAAUGUACUAAAGCUGACGGUUUAAUGAGUUAAAUCUUUGUGUAAGGCUGCCAGUGCCUGUGGAAGAGAUGUUAUCAGACUGGAAAGGCCUAGAAGGAGCAAACGUGUUGUUUUUGCCAUAGAUGAUCUUACUCUGCUGCUUUUCUAGUGAUCAGAUUUCAUGAGCUCACACGCGCGUCUUAACUGAAGUUAGCUAGCACAUUCCUUGGUGAAUGGUGUAUUAAAAUAAGACACGGUAUGGCGUGUUUUUUAUUUUUAUGCCCAUUCAAAUGAGGCCACUGCAGGCAUUCUUGAAUGCGCUUUUAGGGUAUGGCGUUCACACUGGACGGGCAGGAAGAGACUAGCACAUGUCCAGAAGAAGAAGAGGGUUGGUACGAAAUAUCAAAGUGGUGAAAAUCUUGCUCCAGGCUUUAUUUUGCUUAGAUUCCAGUAUAUGAAUGACUUAAUUUUCAUUUUUAAUUUAAAGACACACCAUCCAUAAGUCACUACUAAAUCUGAGUUCCUGAUUGGUUAAGAUAGUUUAACUUUCAAUGCACAUUCAAUUCCCAUAUGUACGUAGAGCCUGAAAAUUGCUAAUGCUUGCGUAGCUACGUGAAUGAUUUUUGAGUGUGGAACCCAAAAAAUGUAGGCUUUUUAUUAAGACGAUUGAACGCGUCUUGCAGCUUCAGAGCUAUUCCUCUUCAUUGACCUGGAAUCUGUAUGAUCACAAUUCAAAAACGGGCAUUCAGGCGUUGUUGUAAAGUCCAGACGACAUGGUAAAACCCAUAAGCCCACUGCUAGAAAUGCACCAGGCAUGAACUUACAGCAGCUUGAAUCACAUCAGAAGCCUUUUGUGUAUUGUAUCUUCGUACUGUAGACUAGAGCUGAAGUUGGUCUCAAGACGUUUGAGGAACUUUUGAUACCCGUCGUCUGGUGUAAAUGUAAAUCAGUGGCCGACCUGUGAUGUCUUGACAAGAGACCAUCUUUAGAAACAACAUGGCGAUGUGUGUGUGGCCAGAGCACAACCAGAUUCGACUGCAUAUUCAGGUGAACGUGGGCAAACGACCUCCGACCCAUGGAGCUGCUGAGAAUGUACAGAGCGCCACUUUGCAGAAACUCGUCUGAAGAAAGUAAAUAAAUGUGAGAUUGUACUCCGAAUUACACAUCAUUUGUUUUGGGGAACAUCCUCCUUCCCCCUCUGCCUUUCUCCUUCCCUAAAGCUUUUUGUAAUGUUUUUGAUUCUAUUUUGAGAAAACGUAUUUAUUUUGAAAUAAAAUAUUUAUUUAAAGAG